AUGGCGAGGGCCGGGGCUGGGAAAACCGCGGGAGCCCCGCGCGGGGGCCGGGGCCAGCGGCGGGCUCCGACCUGGGAGAUCUCGGACUCGGACGCCGAGGGCCCCGCCAGCGCGGAGGCCGCCUGCCGGGCCCGGGACCCGCUGCGCCCCCCGCCGGCCGCGGUGGCCGUGCUGGAAGAUGCUGGCGCCGACAUCCUGCUGGAGGCCCUGGGCGCCCUGGGCUGUGAGCCCCGCAUCGAGCCCCAGCCACAUCCGCGGAGCCUCAGCUGGAGCCGCGUGAGGCCGGACCCCCGCCCCUGCGGCGUGCCCCCGGAGGUGUGGGCUGCGGACGGGCGGCAGCUGCUGCUGCUGCUGGACCCAGAGGAGUUCCUACAGGGCGUGGCCCAGCUGACCCAGGUGCCCCCCACAGCCUCACUGCCCUGGACUUGUUCUGAGAGCACCACCCACCUCCACUUGGCCGUCAUCGGGCUGGAUGCCCACCUGUGGUCUCGCCAGCGCGGUGUCCAAAGGAUCCAGCGGCCGCCAGAGGGGCCAGCAGCAGCGCAGGCCGGGAGGGCAGGGAGCUGGCUCCAGGUACAGGAGGCCCUGGUGCUCUUGCAGCUCUGGGCAGACCUGGACGUGUUGCUGGUAGCCUCCUGGCAGGAGCUGAGUGACCACGUUUGUGCCUUCACCAAGGCCCUCGCCCAGCGGCCCUACAAGUGGCUCCGGGAGUCCCGAGCCUUUUUUUUCUGCACCGUGGGGCGCUGCGUGACUGGCAAGCAGGGGGCUAAGGACGGCCAGGGGCUGCGAGGGACUUGGAGGCGACAGAUCAGGCAGCUCAACCGAGUAAGCCCCGCAGUGGCAGACGCCGUGGUUGCUGCCUACCCCUCCCCCCGCCUUCUGCAGCAGGCACUCGCAACCUGCAGCUCACAACAGGAGCGGCUGGCCUUCCUAGCUGACCUCCCUGUGGAGAAGGGCCAGGGUGGGCGGCCCCGCAGGGUGGGGCCUGACCUCUCCCGCAGGCUCUGCCUCUUCCUGACCACGUCCGACCCCGACCUCCUGCUGGACCUGGGCCCCUGA